CAUCAUCACGCAGACCUGUGAUCUGUUGCAAUAUGUCAAGUCUUGCUGCCUCUAGGUCCGAGUAACCAGUCAGUGGGGACACGUCCUGCGCAGCCUACUUCACUAGGCAUCAGUCUCUGCUGUGCUGCCUGCUUGGUGAAGGUCGAUAAAAUAUCUGCCUCUUCUGUGGACCAUCCAGGUGCCAUCGACCCCCAGGGGGCCUACAACAACCAUCGUACCAGACAUUCAGGCACGAUUUGUCCAUUGCUGCUCAACCUGGCCUUUGCCGAGAAGGCUAUUCAUCCAUCAUUCCGCACGACUCAACUGUGGAAGAAGACAUGGCAUCGACAUACAGCGUUCGGGAACUCUACGGAGGUGCAAUAGCAGUUGAACUGCCUACGGAAUUAAUUGAUUCAAGUGACAUCCGCCAGAUCCCUGACCACCAAGAAGUCUUCCUAUCCCCCACGACACUCACAUCCAUCAUUUUCGAGUUGAACGACUACGUCCAACCUCUGCCAUCGACUCAACAACCACAACCACAACCGAACGGCGCUUCCUCUCAAGCCGACGUCGACGCCGAAGCUGCCAAGUACCACUUCACGGACGUGAUAUCUCCACCGGACAGUCUCGCGUCACCCCUGCCGCCGUCGGAGCGAACCGCCAUGCAUCAUGCAAGUCUUUCCGGAUUCCCCACACUCAUCCUUGCUGGAACAAUCCACAGCGUCGAUACCCGAUCGCGACCGUCGGCGCGUGGGUCUGCUCAGAGCCCAAGCCUGGGCCAGGGGCUGGCGACGUCAUCAUCGUCGAGUUCGAGAUCCUUGCAGAACAUAGUGUACCAACUCCAGCUCUUGAUCCGGAUGAAGAACUAUGCGACGGACCUGUGCGUGCGGGUGAACGUGCCGAUGAAGGAGAUUGCGCAGGAUGAAGGGGAAGUGGCGGCAGAAGUGACCCAUGCAAAGGAAUUGCUUGGACGGGUGGUUGCAAGUCUGGACGUAAGAGACUUUGGACUGUUUGGGGCGGCGGCAUGAAGGAACAGGUCGAAUAAAGGGAGGGGACAAGGGCGCGAAAGGGUCGGAAAGCUUGUGUAGGGGGGUGCAAAAGAGGAGGCGGUCUGUUGUGGAUUGGCUUGAGGUGGGGCCAACAUAUAGAUGGGAAGAGAAGGUGUACUGCAAUAGCUUCGAGGUCAGAAUAGGAUGAUGGGCUACCGUCGGGAGGAGAAGACGUGGUCUUCGCAUUGGGCACAUUCGCCGAGGGGAUGGGGACGUGGAAAAGCUGGGAUCCAUGACUGCACUGGAAGUCAAUCAGGUCAGGCAUGAGCGAUACUGCGAGACAACCGGGAAAUCCGAAGAACUCAGGAUGAUUCAGCCGACGAUGACCGGCAGCGGACGUCCAGUUCACAGUCUCACGUUGUUACAUAGGUACAUAGACGCAAUGAACAAUCCAGCCGGCAUAGGGCGCAUGGAUCAGAGAACGGGGAGACACUAGAAGUCGGCUCCUGUUUGCAGACUCGGACACCC